CAAAAACAGCUGUGCUUAUCAAAUUGGUGAAGUGUGAUGCAAACCGCUCCGCUCAUCAAUUAAAAUAAAAUAAUUUAUUUUAAAAUAUUUGAAUGAACUGCUUUAGUAUAGUGCAUUCAAUAAAUAGAAGUGUAAAUUUAUAGCUUUAAUAGUAACAGUUAAAAUGAUUAAACUAUUUUCACAAUUAGCCGGCACUAGUUUACGUUCUCUUCGCAUCGUAACCGCAGACUCGUAUCUAACCACCGCCAAGCUAGCCAGUGUAUGUGAUACAAGAAAAAAAUGGUUUAGCAAUACGAGCAUUGCUGCAGCACAGGAUGAUGAUAUGCGACAUUGUAAUGUGGGUACAAUUGGACAUGUGGACCAUGGCAAAACCACGUUAACAUCUGCUAUAACCAAAAUUCUGGCAGAGAAAGGACUGGCGCAAUAUGCAUCAUACGAUCAAAUCGAUAGGGCGCCCGAGGAGAAAGCGCGAGGCAUAACAAUAAAUGCUUGUCACAUUGGAUACGCAACAGCGCAACGUUCCUAUGCACACACCGACUGUCCGGGACAUGCCGAUUACAUUAAGAAUAUGAUAUCUGGCGCGUCACAAAUGGAUGGCGCUAUACUGGUCGUCGCCGCAACCGAUGGACAAAUGCCACAAACGCGUGAGCAUCUUCUACUUGCCAAACAGGUUGGCAUUGAACGUAUUAUCGUGUUCAUAAACAAAGCUGAUCUAGUUGAUCAGGAAGUAUUAGAAUUGGUGGAAAUAGAAAUGCGUGAAAUGUUAUCAGAUUUUGGUUUUGAUGGCAUUAACAGUCCGGUAAUUUGCGGUUCCGCAUUGUUGGCUUUAAAUGGUGAUACAUCGGCUUUUGGUGUGCCAGCAAUUGAAAGCUUACUACAACAUUUAGAUACUUAUGUACCGACGCCAACGCGUGAUUAUACAUCUCCCUUCAUAUUGCCAAUUGAUAAUGCAUUCACAGUGGCGGGACGUGGUACGGUCGUCGUUGGCACAAUCAAACGUGGAACAAUGCUUAAAAAUGAUUUAGCCGAUUUGCUUGGUUUCAAUCAGAAUAUCAAAACUAGUUUAGGAGAUAUACAAAUUUUCAAAAAGAGUGUACCGAAGGCUGUAGCGGGUGAAAAUGUUGGAGUCUUAUUACGAGCCGUUAAAAUUUCUAGCGUGGAGCGUGGUAUGCUCCUAUGUGCGGCUGACACCGAAAAUAUCUCAAAUCACUUCGAGGCCUCCAUGUAUUUACUAUCACGUGCAGAAGGUGGACGCAGUAAACCUAUGCUCUCCAAAUACAUACAGCAAUUAUUUAGCGCCACUUGGAAUGCGCCGGCACGCAUUGACAUUGUACCCUCCGAUGGCAUGUUAAUGCCUGGCGAACAUGGCAAGGUGCGCAUAACACUACUGCGAAAAAUGGUUUUAAUACCAGGACAAGCUUUUACGAUAAGAGAAAAUGGUGCAACCGUGGCGACGGGCAUGAUUACCGAAAGAAAAGCCUCGUUGGAUAUACCAAAAAAUAAAUUGUCUAAAAUUGUGGUAACUUGUUGAGUUGACAUGCAUACUUAUAUUUAGAUGUAUGUAUGUAUGUGUAAUAAAAUGCAAAUAAAGAAAAACAAA